GGAGAGCAGACAGGUAAGAAAGAGGACAAAGGGACAGAUGUGGUGCGAUCAGCGCCCGACUGGUCAUGGCUAAAUGGUAAAGGCUCGGAAAUUCAUGCCACAAUGAAAUCCUACCAACAGAGCAAAAUCAAGCUCCUUUUGCAAAAAAACCAUCUUGGAUUUCUUAAUUAUUCAACUGGAGUGUGUUUCUGAAAGCUUUCAUUUGGAUCCAGCCCUUGAAAACAUUUGCCUGUGCAUGAAAGCGAUGGGCUCACGUGGUCAAGCACUGGUGUGGAUCAGGCUUCCACUGCUUCUGGUGGUAAUAACCUGCUCAUCACACAGUUCCCUCAUAAAAGUCAACAAUGGUGUAACGGUGAAACGAGGUCAGUCAGUCUACCUCCAGGAAGGUGACCUGCAGUUCCAUAUUCCCCGUCAGAAGGACGCAUGCAAGGUGGAGGUGGUGUUAAAUGAACCCAUAACUCAACGAGUGGGUAAAGUCUUGCCUCAGGUAUUUGAUUGCCACUAUCGGACUGAUGAGGUAAAGUACAUCCACAACGGAUGUCCGUUGUUAAAUGAGGACACUGUCGCGCUUCGACUAUACAGGUUCACAGAGACAGAGACAUACAUGGAGAUGUUUUUUCUCCAUGUGGAAAUUAUGGAACCUGAAUGCAGCAUAAUAAAGCUGGGACCCAAAUCCCUGAAGGUUCGUGAAUUCUACGGCUUCUCGGAUGCCGUGGAUGGCAAUGUGGUGUCCUUCCAUUAUGAGGAGAGAUCUAGUCUGGAGUGUAGUGUCCAUUUGAGUAGCCAUGACACCCACCUGCCCGCCCAUGGCCAGCUGGUCACCGGAGAGCCAGAGAAAGCUAUGAAAAGAGGGGACGAGCCAGAGAGCUUCAUCCACCUACGCCAACAGCUUGAUAAUAAAGCCACAGCAAUGUGUAAAUCUGAAGACUGCCUGAAAGGUCUGAAGCUAAUGAAGUCCACCAAAAUUCCCUGUGAUGACUUCCUUUUGAUGGGGCUAAAGUAUCAGUACAUAGAUCCUCCAUCUCCAGACAUAGACUACAUCGCAAUCAGACUGGAUCUCAAGGACACUCGGAGUGGCAGCACAUAUCAGUCUGAACAGGCCUGGAUUCCAGUUCAUUUAGUUGGUGCUUUGCCCAACCAACCUCCCAAACCAUCCUUCAUGUCCAUGUUUAUCCUUGAAGUGGACCAGUUCAUCCUUACUCCACUCUCCACUGCUGUACUGGACACUGAAGACGAGGAAACUCCCAAACAACUUUUGGUUUUCAACAUCACCAAACCACCCGUGAAUGGCUUCAUCGCCCAUCUGUCCGAUCAAACCCGUCCAAUUUCUUCAUUUACAUGGCUUGAUCUCAAUGAAAUGCUCAUCGGGUAUCAACCUCCGAACUCAUCACACACCCAACGCAGGAAUUACGAGAUGGAAUUUGAGGUUCAUGAUUUUUUCUUUGAGAAGAGCCCGCCAAUGACUGUUCACAUGUCUGUAAGAAAUGCAGACACAAAUGCACCGAGGGUUUCCUGGAACAUGGGCCUCAGUCUGUUGGAAGGACAGUCUCGGCCAAUACGUUGGGAGCAGCUACAGAUUGUUGACAACGACAACCUGGCUGCUGUUCGCAUCAUCACAGUGGACGGCCUGCAGCAUGGACGGCUCACUGUCAGAGGGGGAAAGGGCUUUAUGUUCACUGUCAAUGACAUCAAAGCGGGCGUUGUUCGCUAUCACCACGACGACAGCGACUCCACCAAAGACCACAUCAUCUUCCGCAUUACUGACGGCUACCAUCAGACACGACACAAGUUCCCCAUUAAGAUCCUGCCGAAGGACGACAGCCCUCCGGUCCUCAUCACCAAUAUGGUGCUGGAGGUGUCUGAGGGCCAGAUGGCUUUACUGAGAGGCUCCACCCUGCAAGCUUCAGACAUGGACUCCAGCGACGACUACAUCCUCUUUAACAUCACCCGACCCCCACGGGGAGGGGAGGUCAUAAAAAUCCCAACGUCAGGACACACAGGUUAUCGUGUCAGCCACUUUCUGCAGAGGGACCUCUCCCGGUCCAUGGUUUAUUAUCGACACCAAGAAAAAGUGUUUGAUGACUCCUUUGAAGUGGUGCUGUCUGAUUUCCAUGACCCCCCCAACCUGUCAGAGCCCCAAGUUGUGGUGGUGCACAUAGAGCCUGCUCCAGACCAACCACCUAAAGAGGUCCCUGGCUCUAGUCGGUGUCUUGUGAUCAAAGAAACAGAAGUGGUCCACAUAACACGUCAACAGCUUCACUUUGAAGACCCCGAGUCUCCAGACAGUGAGCUUACAUAUACGGUCACGACUCCGCCUUUUUACGCUGGUCCGCACAGCAGGCCAGAUGCCGGGAGGUUGUUCUUAGUCGACAGCAUUCCUAAAUUCAACAAAGACCCCAAUGCACCGGUGCUGAGGCUCUUUACACAGCAUGCGGUGAACUUCAUGAAAAUAGCCUACAUGCCUCCAGUCAUGGACAUCGGCCCUUAUCCCCAGUACAUCCAGUUUGUUCUCUCUGUAACCAACUACCUGGGCAAAACAGUCUCUGGGAUCUGCUUUAACAUCACUGUGGUGCCAGUGGACAACCAGCCGCCACAGGUCAUUACCAACCCUCCAACUGUAGAUGAAGGAGGCCAUUGCCGGCUUGGCCCUGAGCACUUGUUGGUAUCAGACGUGGACUCUGUAGAAAGCAAGCUGCAGGUGGCACUUCAGCGAGAACCGCAGCAUGGAGCUCUGCAGCUUGGCAAUCUCCCGCUUAGACCAGGCCAGGCUUUCACUGUGAACGACCUGAAAAGCCUCAAAGUUAGGUACAAUCACGACGGCUCAGAAACUGUAGAGGACCACAUUGAAUUCACAGCAACAGAUGGCUCCAAUCCAGUCAAUUUUUUCCUGCAAGUGAAGGUGUUGCCCAUCAAUGACGAGGUCCCAGUGUUGCUGGAUGGUCUGAAACCGGUUCUCAGCUGUGCAGAAGGGCAGGAAAUUGUCAUUACAUCAGAGUACAUCUUUGCUGCUGACGCAGACAGCGACAACAGCAGCCUGACCUUCCUGAUCGCCCGGCAGCCACAUCAUGGCGUCGUUUGCCGAGACUCCGUCGUGGUGGAUCGUUUCAUCCAGGCUGACAUCACUGCAAGGAUCAUAACCUACAAACACACAGGACUGGAGAUUGGACUCACUCCUCGCCAUGACACCAUCACCUUUGUUAUAUCUGAUGGAGAAACAGAAAACUCUGCUUCAUGCUGUGGUGAACAAAAUCCCACCCAGACCGGAGACAAGACGCAGCUGCUGCGAAAGAGUCUGCCGGUUUAUGACCUCCAGAUCACUGUGUUUCCAAUUGAUAACCAGCCACCUUCACUAACAACAGAAGACAUCUUUACAGUGGAUGAAGGUGGGUCUGCCCCCAUGACUGCAUCUCAUUUGAAGGCCUCUGACCUGGACACAGUUCUGGACGAACUGGUGUUCAGUCUCAUUUCAUCGCCCCAGUUUGGCUACAUCGAAAAUGUCCUGCCAAGUCCAGGGUUUGAAAAAAGUAAUACAGGCAUAAGCAUUGCUUCCUUUUUGUACAAAGACCUCAUUGACGGGCAUGUGAACUACGUGCAGUCCAGACACCAGAGGAUGGAGCCGACAGCUGACCAGUUCAUGCUCUGUGUAUCAGACGGUAAACACAGUUCUGCACAUGUCCCCUUCUACAUUAUCAUAAACCCAACGAACGACGAGAUCCCACAGUUCGUGGCUCAGAACAUCACAGUGCGAGAAGGAGAAAUGAAACAGCUGGACUCCUCAGUUUUACAUGCGGUGGAUCUGGAUGUCCCCAAGGACAGCUUGGUCUUCAAUGUGGUCAAAGCCCCGCAGCACGGCAGCAUCGUCAUCCAUGGCAGUGAAAAGUCAGCCAACAAGAGACGAGAGGCCGAUGCACGUUCCCGUGUGGUGGACUUCACAAUGACAGAUCUCUCGGAUGGUAUGGAUCUGAUGUACAUGCACGAUGACUCAGAGAAUGAAGAGGACAGUUUCACCAUUCAGGUGACUGAUGGCAGGCACCGACUCCAAAGAAAAGUGAUGGUUAAAGUGCUGCCAGUCAACGACGAAGAGCCUCGCGUCAUCAGGAACAAUGGCCUGGAGGUGGAACGGGGACAAGGCAGGCUUAUUUCCAGCGUUGCUCUCUUUGCACAGGACAGUGACACUCCUUCUUCAUGCGUCAUGUACAUAUUUGACAGUACACCCACCCAAGGACUACUUCAGCUGAAGGAAGGUCCGGAAUGGAGGACACUGUCAGUGCGGAGGAACUGUACCCAACAGAUGGUGGACAUGAACCUUCUGCGCUAUGUGAACACACACCUGCACAGUGCUGACACACAAGACUUCUUUACCUUCUACUUGUCGGAUGGAAAGAAUCAAUCUCCCCCACAGCACUUCCACAUCUCUGUCAAAGAUGUGGAAAAAGGAAACAUUGCCUUGUUUGUGAAGACGGCAAACGUCAGCCGUGGGGACCGUGUGCUUCUCACGACGGACGUGCUGUUGGCCACAGAUGGCACGGAAUCGCCAGAGGACCUUGUGUAUGUCAUUGUUAAGCCCACGGCUCACGGACACGUAGAGUACAUCAAGCAUCCUGGACUGGCAAUCACUACCUUCAGCCAGAUGGACAUAGCAGCCAACCUCGUGGCGUACAUACACGACAAGCGAGCCACCACACCCACGGAAACCUUUCAGUUUGUUGUGAGUAAUGGUAAAAACAGCCGAAACGGAAGCUUUGAGAUCGCAGUUGAAAUGGUGGACCGCAUCCUGCCGUCUCUGUCCUCAAACAAAGGCCUCUCAGUACCACAAGGCUCCUCCAUGGUUCUGGGUCCAGGUUGCCUGGGGUUGUCUGACCCCGACACUCCACCCAGCGCCCUAACCUUUGUCCUCCUCCAGCCUCCACAGUAUGGCAGGCUGCUUUUAGGAGGUAGCAGACUAACUAUUGGCUCCAACUUUACCCAGAGAGACGUAGACAAACUGGAGGUAACCUACAAACAUGAUGGGGGGGCGUCGCAGAUUGACCGAUUCGCCUUUACCGCCGCUGACAGCACCAAACGGGGUAUGCUGCUGGAUGGGCAGCUAUACACGGAACCUGUGUUCUUCACAAUCCAGAUCAAGCCUUUGGAUAGGUCAUGUCCAGAGGUGGUGAAGCUGCUUCCUCUUUGGCAAGCAGAGCCUCUUGGAGACGGUCGACACGGGAUCUUGAUUUCAUCUCGAGAGCUGAAGGCCCAAGACAGCAAUAGCAAAGAAGAGGAGCUGAUAUUCUGCAUUGUUCGACAGCCCUACUUUGGUUACCUAGAACACAUGACUACAGGUGGUUUUGUAUCACAGCGCUUCACUCAGAUGGAGCUGCACAGGAGAACUAUUGCCUACAUCAUCAACCCAGAUGGGAAGUCUCUCUCAGACAGCCUGGAGUUCACAGUGUCUGACCCUCUAGGCAACACGGGGCCCUCUCACCUACUUGAGUUCAGCUGGUCCAGCGUGGAGCUGUCUCAGCCCGAGUACUCUGUGUGUGAGGAGCAGGGAGCCUUCUCGCUUGACAUCAUCCGAAGAGGAAACCUAGCAGAGUCUUCAUAUGUCACUAUUAAGGUGAAGGAAGGGACUGCAUCAGCUGGAAAAGACUUUGUCACUAGCUAUUCUUCCCUCAUUCAGUUUGGUCCAGGAGUGUCAAAGCGCAGUUGGCAAAUCCAGCUAAUUCAGGAUCACCUUGAGGAAGCUGUGGAAAUGUUUGAAGUGCUGCUGGUCUCCCCUGAAGGCACAGUGAUCGGCAGCAUCGACAAGGCUCCGGUCACCAUCAGGGACUCAGGAAGCGGACAGACUAAGCUGAACCAAGAUCAGGCAAAAGAGGUUUGGUCAGACACGUACCCACAACAUGGCUCCAUUCAGCUAGAGAAGCUGCCCCUUGGCACCGAAUCAGUGAUCUGGAGUCGUGGAGACUCCAGGCUUGGAGCACAUGUCCCCAAAAAUAAACUUAAAGUUUUGGGAAACCCAAAGUCUAUUCCACCUUCAUCAGUUUUUCACAAUGAAACAGAUAUUGUUUACACGUAUAACGGAAUCAUGCAAAUGCAAGUAGAGGACAACACCUCUCCGUUGAGGAAGGAAAGAAAGGCAAACAUCCGUGUGGUUAGCAGGGGAGCACAACAGCAGGGGCCAGCUGUGCUUACCAAGUCAAAGUCAGGGCAUCACAGAAACAUCUCAACAAAUCCAGAAAAAAUAGCACUGGCUAAAGGGCAUGCUGAAGCCAACUCCAUACCAAAGCCCUGUGUACCACAACUGAUGGGACUCCUGCAUUUCCACCAGACCACCAAUCAGCUAUUUCACUGCGACGGUGUCUCCUGGAAGCCCUGGGCCCCAACUGAUGAGAUGGUGAGUGCUCAGAUGUGUCCUCGGGGCUGGACCUUUCAUGGUGGCUACUGUCACUUCCUCAGCACUGAACAAAAGGUUGCAUGGAGCACAGCUAACAGGGUCUGCAGAGAGAGAUACAAAGGCACAUUAGUAAGCGUUCUUUCUAAAGUCAAAAUGGAUUGGCUUUGGGACUUUAGUGAAAGAAAACCGUUUUGGAUAGGCCUCAAUGACAGGGAUGGCAGAGGACGCUGGGAAUGGGCGGGUGGUGAGCCAGUCAGCUACACUAACUGGAGAAAGACACCCUCCCAUUCCAAGAGGAAGGGAAACAAAAGGUGUGUCCUGGUGUGGAGAAAGGCAAAGUGGCAAGUCAGGGACUGCAAGACGAGUACAGCUCAUCGCUUUGUGUGUUCAAUAAAAACUUGAUUUUAAAUCAAUUUAAGUGUUUACAUCCGAGCCACGGUGUUGUUUCAGGAGGAAGGACUUAACCUCGGUACAUUUAAACUGCAAUACCAGACAAUGUUCCCAUAUGGUAAGGGAACUUUUCUGGGAACUGUUAUAUAUAGUAGUUGUCAUUUAUUCUAUUUAAACACUAAAAGUAUUUUAAAGUGAAGCACUGCAAUGAAAAAAUGUUUCCUCUCCUGUGUAUGAUUUAAAAGCAUGUGUAUGUGCAUCAAUAUUAAUGCAUUUUGUGAUUCAUACAGUAUAUAAAUGACUUUCAGCAAAAUGUAUUUUCCAAAAGACAAUGUUAAAAGUAAGACUGAAAUACAUGUUUCUGACGCACACAAAAUAUUUGUUUUAAAUAAAUGUAUUAGAAAUAAGUUUGAAGCACUGUAAGACUAUUGCUAAGCACAGUGCGUGAACAGUUUGCUGAAGCAGCUGUUUGAGUCGUUUCUCAGACAUUCCUUUCCAUUCCGUUCCCCCUUUACAUGACACAAGAGUGGUGCAGGAAUGACGUAAUCUUUUACACCAACCCCAGAAGCUACCCAUCCACCAUAGCGUUUAUGCAGAAAACAAGCGCUGAUGCAAGCAAAUUCACCUACAAAACCCAAUUUUAUGAUUUCUUUUAGCGUAAUGGCAAAAUAAUUAUUCUUAUUAGUCAUAACAAUAACUGCAUUUUUGCCAAACAUUUAAAGUCAUUUUAAAUAUGUAUACAUAGGCUGCAUUUGUAGGUUUAUGGGUCUACAUUUAACUGGUUUGUCCAUCGAUCCAUUCUCAAAGCUGCACAAUCCCAGCCAACAUCGGGGCAGGAAACUGGGGACACCCUGGACUGGUCAGUCAAUCGCAGCGCUGACACAGAGACACAAAAGCAUUCACACUCCCAAUCACACACCUAGAGGCACCAAUUGACCUAAUCACCACAGCAUGUCUUUCGACUGUGGGGGGGGAAGCCGGAGCACCCAAGAAGAACCCACGCAGAAACAGGGAGAACAUUGCAGACCCCACACAAGAAAGAGCACUGGUGGAGUUUGAACCCAGGAUCUUUUUGUCGUGAGGCGACAGUGAUAACCACCACAUCAUCGUGCCACCACCUGUGCAUCCCUGCGUGUGCAUUUAUCAAUAUUGCGGUUGAUCUGACCCUGUAAAAAAAGGUUUUGCCAUGAUAAUCUAGAAUGUUUAUACAUGUUGUUAAAUGUUAUUUUUUUAAAGAGAAAAUUCUGCCUUCUGUCGCCAAAAAGAUAACAUUUCAGAAUAAAAACAGUUUAAACCUGGCAAAACUGUUUUCCACCCUGUUUUUUUGAUGAUUAUUAAUUUGUAAACCCACUAAAGGAAACAACUGAGACUAUUAUUAUUAUUUUUUCUAACUUACCUAUUACUGCUUCCGUAGGUAUAUGUUACGUACCGUGCUCUGUGUAUAGGUCUACAGAUAUUGUGUUCUUUUUUUGUGUUGUUGGUUUGUGUUGUUGUUUUGUCUCCUCCUUUCUGUUUCCAUUCUCUCACUUCACAGAUGUGCACACCUGGUCCCCCUCAUCCAAUCACCACACCUGUUCCACAUCUCCCAUCAACCAUUCCCCUUCAUAUAGUCCAUGUGUGUUUUCAGGGAGCAAGGCUCUUUUGUGUUGAGCUGGGCCCCUGGUUCGAAGAGCAGUGUUUUGUGAUAAAAUUGCAUUUGGUAACAGCCUACUUGUGUGUUUUUGUGAGGUCAAUGAGGCCAGGUAAGAUACUCUGGGGUUUACAUAUUGCAUACACGUAGGGUUACCU